CUUUCCCGCCACACGAGGCCGCUGAGAGGCAGCGCUCGAACCACGGCCCCUUUGACUCCUGACAAUGAAGUUGUUUGUUGAGGUUUCGGUAGGCGACGCAAGGCUUGCGUACGUGCCUCUGUACUCGUAUCGCCCUCUAUUAAUACGAGAGGAAGGCGGCUGAUCGCGAGAAGCACCUGACGCCGGCAGCAGUGCAGCAGACACUCGGAGUCCGUAGCCUUCUGACGGGGAGCCCCGUGUGUGCAGUGUGACCUUCAGUGCUCGUCUGUCAGUGUCUCGUCCCUUUCCUGUCCUCAGUACGAAGUGAGAACACCUGGACAUGUCUGGAUUUAUUAAUUUGUUGAAAAAGAAGAAGGAGUUGAUUCCUCUGAUUGGAUUUAUGGCGUUUGCAGCAACGGGCGCCACGACUGCCUCCCUUUACUUCUUAUUCACAAAGCCAGACGUGAUUCUUAACAAGACAAACAACCCAGAGCCCUGGGAGAAACUCGAUCCUUCAAAGCCUCAGAAGCUCCUCACCGUCAACCAGCAGUGGAAACCCGUGGAGGAGCUGCAGCUGGUGAAGAGCAUCACCAAGUGAGACGUCAUUGUAUGGGGUCUGCAGCCUGCCCUCUGCUCACUGCGCACUCCCCAUCAGUCUGUCGGAAUCAUCUCUGCACUGACUAGGCUCUCUGGCGAUCAGUGUGCGGAAAUGCUUCUGCCACACUGGUGGGGUUUUGAGCAUGUUCGACUCGCUCUAGCAAAGGAUGGUGGUAGAGCCCAGACGAGCAGCGCUGCGCACAGGCCGUUGCAAUUCCAUCGAGCUUGUGUCUGAGCACGUCUUUGGGGGAGAUGUUUCUCUGCACUUGCUUCAUGUGACGGUACAGUACUCCAUCUGCCACACUGCUGAUCCUGGUGACCUAUGUUCUUUGUGAAUGUAUUGCUGUAAAAUAAAUCAUUGCUACUAGUUUGUGUUCUUGGUGUACUUAAUUUUUGUCAGAUACAUUAGAAACCGUCAUCCGAAAUGUAUUAACGUCUGCAUCUCAUAGAUACGCAAUGUUACACAAACUCUUCACACUAAGUGUA